AUGGGGCGUAGUAAUAAGAAGUCUCGAGGAGGUCGCAAAGGCGGUUCAGAUCGCCCUCCGGCGCGCAACGAUGGCUACCGCACCAAUUACUCAGACAUCCCCAAGCAGAACGAAAAGCUCGAGCGAUACUACAACUCUGCGCUUCCGUUUGAGGACGACGCCGGGAGAGAAGAGUUCUGGAAUGCGCUGAAGAGGGAACUACCCAACUCCUUCCGCUUCUGUGGAUCGAAAGGCCAUGCGCUCGCCGUCAGACGACUGCUCGAGGCGAGAUACGCGCCAGAGAUUGUCAAGAUCGAGCGCUUCGAUGGCGCACCCGUACAAGCUCCCCAGCCUGUUCCUUGGUACCCCGACGAGCUGGCCUAUUCCAUGAACACCCCGAAACAAGUCAUACGAAAGUUUCCUCCCUUCGCUUCCUUCCAGAAGUUCCUGGUUUCCGAGACGAGCGUUGGCAACAUCAGCAGACAAGAACUGGUUAGCAUGAUCCCGCCCCUAGUCAUGGAUCUCAAGCCGGGCAUGACCGUCUUGGACCUGUGCGCGGCCCCGGGAAGCAAGUCGGCCCAGCUGCUCGAGAUGAUCCACACCGGCGAGGAGGCUAGGAUGCGGAAAUUCAUGGAGGCAUUCGGCGAGACCCAGCCCGAGACGACGGGCCAGGAAGAUGUUGAUCUCGACGAGGAUGCUGGUGACGACGGAAGAGCGACCGGGCUCCUUGUCGCCAACGACGCCGAGUAUAAGAGAUGCCACAUGUUGGUCCACCAGCUCAAGCGACUUGCUUCCCCAAACCUCUUAGUCACGAAUCACGACGCAACUCUCUACCCUGCUCUCAGAAUUCCCCACGACCCGGCCGAUGUUGGCAAGCCCGAGUAUCUCAAGUUCGACAGAAUCCUCGCUGACGUACCCUGCACGGGCGACGGCACCCUGAGGAAGAAUAUGGCUAUAUGGAAAGACUGGCAGCCAGGCAAUGCUAUGGGUCUCCAUGUGACCCAGGCUAGAAUCUUGGUUCGGGCUUUUCAAAUGUUGAAGGUCGGCGGCAGAGUCGUGUACUCGACUUGCAGUAUGAACCCUAUCGAGAACGAGGCUGUCGUUGCGUCAGCGAUUGAGCGUUGUGGUGGCCCCAACAAGAUUGAGAUCAUCGAUUGCAAAGACAGGCUCCCACUGCUGAAGCGCAAACCUGGCAUGCAUCAAUGGCAGGUCAUGGACAAGUCCGGCCGCAUCUGGAGCAACUGGGAAGAAGUCCAGCAGCAUGUCUUGACCGGUGGUGAGAUGCCUGGCAAAUUAUCAGAGUCCAUGUUCGUCAGGCCCGAUACGAGCGACUCCUCCGGCCUCCCUUUGGACCGUUGCAUGCGAGUGUAUGCCCAUCAACAAGAUACCGGCGGGUUCUUCAUCACCGUCCUCGAGAAGAAGGCCGAGUUCAAGGCCAGACCAGAGAACUUUUCGCAGCGUGGCUUUUCGAACGGGGCGACGAGUCUUGCUACACCGCAGGUUGAGGACACGGAGUCUGCCACCAAGGUGGAGAUAAUAGAGGGAGCGAAAGCUGCUGCUGGCGAGCCGACCGAUGUGCUUCCACCCGCAGGCUCUAAGAGGACUCUUGAAGAUGAAGGGGCCAGCAUUAGCCCAGAAGCUAAGAAGGCGAAAAUGGAAGCGCCGUCGAGUGAGAAGUCAGAUGUCAAGGUCGAAAAAGUUCCCGAAUCCAAGGAGAAAGCUCCUGAGCCCGUCAAAACCGACUCCCCAGCGCCUCGGCCUACAGCUGAUCGACGAGUCAACCGUGCGAAUGACCAGAACGAAGAACCAUUCAAAUUCCUGUCUCCGGAUCACGAGGUGAUUAAGAGUAUACAGACAUUCUACAAAGUCUCGCCCCGAUUCCCUUCAAACCGAUUCAUGGUACGGAAUGCGAUGGGUGAACCUGCGAAGGCUAUAUACUAUACUAGCGCCCUUGUCCGAGAUAUACUGGUUGAGAAUGAAGGGCGCGGAGUCAAGUUUGUCCAUGGAGGUGUCAAGAUGUUCAUGAAGCAGGAUGCGCCAUCCGCCGAGGUCUGCCGAUGGCGGAUACAGUCCGAAGGCAUGGCAAUUAUCCAAGCAUACAUCGGACCUGAACGGGUAGUUCGUCUGACCAACAAGGAGACCUUCCACAUGCUUCUAAAGGAGAUGUUCCCGAAGUUCAUUGACGACGGCUGGAAGAAGCUAAACGAGAUUGGGGAGAGGUGCAGGGACAUCGGCAUGGGCUGCUGUGUGCUCAGCGUCGAACCCGAUGGCAGCGACCCUGACUUCUCAGAGCGCAUGGUUCUCCCGCUGUGGAAGAGUUUCCACUCGCUGAAUCUGAUGCUGCCCAAGGAAGAUCGGUCGGCAAUGCUACUUCGGAUCUACAACGACACGACGCCCGUUAUCAAUUUGUCCCUCAAGGACAAGGCGGCGAAGGACGCAGAGGCUGCUGAAGCCGACGUCAAGAAAGAAGCGAAGGAAGAAGAGGCUGCCGAAACUGACGUCAAGAAAAAAGCAAAGGAAGAAGUCGAGGACGUGGAAAUGACCAACGAAGAUGUGAAGGAAUACCGCCGACUCCCACUUCGCGUCAAAGACGAGGCCAAGGACGACGCUGGCGACACGGCCAUGAAAAAUGAGGAAUCCGAGAUGUCGUGGGACACGGCCUACAAGCUGCAGAUGGACAUGGAUGAUAUGGAAUUCUCAUCCAGAGUCACGGAUGCAUGA